GAGCGCGGCGCGGCCGGCCCGCCGCUUUGUGUGUGUCCUGGAUUUGGGAAGGAGCUCGCGGCGGCGGAGGCGGCGGCGCUGAGGGAGGCGGCGGCGGCGAGCGGAGCCCGGAGGAGGCGGAGGAGGGGGAGCCGCUCAUUCAUUUUUCCUCCGCAUUUCUGCCCCCGGCCGGCCUCGCCCGCCACCCGGACUUCGGGGCAAUCUUGCGAACUGCGUCGCGCCCUCCCGGCGCGGGGGCUCGAGCGGCCGGCAGCCUCCCCCUCUGUCUGGGGUCGGGGUGGUUUUGCCUCGUCGAGACGGAUUUGCGCUUUGCCCCGUUUCUGUGCAGUUUUUUCCCCCUCCUGCUUCUAUGGGUUUGAAAAUGGAGGCCGACGACGCCGACAGCCCGCCCCGACGCGCCUCGGGUUCCCGAUUCCGCCGAGCGCUGGGCCGCGGUUCCCGGCGCUGAGGGGCCGCCCCGCUCCGCCGCCCGCCCCGUCCGCGCAGCCCGCCGGGCCGCCCGGCGCCGCCUUCCAGGACUGUUUCCUCGCCCUGGUUUGUGGAGGGGGGGCGAAGACUGAGUUUGAGACUUUCUUUUCCUUUCCUUUUUUUUUUUUUUUCGUUUUUUUUUUUUGGAGAAGGGAAUUUCGUCCCAAAUAAAAGGAAUGAAGUCUGGCUCCGGAGGAGGGUCCCCGACCUCGCUGUGGGGGCUCCUGUUUUUCUCCGCCGCGCUCUCGCUCUGGCCGACGAGUGGAGAAAUCUGCGGGCCGGGCAUCGACAUCCGCAACGACUACCAGCAGCUGAAGCGCCUGGAGAACUGCACGGUGAUCGAGGGCUACCUCCACAUCCUGCUCAUCUCCAAAGCAGAGGACUACCGCAGCUACCGCUUCCCCAAGCUCACGGUCAUCACUGAAUACUUGCUGCUGUUCCGCGUGGCCGGCCUCGAGAGCCUUGGUGACCUCUUCCCGAACCUCACGGUCAUCCGCGGCUGGAAACUCUUCUACAACUACGCCCUGGUCAUCUUCGAGAUGACCAAUCUCAAAGAUAUUGGGCUUUACAACCUGAGGAACAUCACUCGGGGGGCCAUCAGGAUUGAGAAAAAUGCUGACCUUUGUUACCUCUCCACGGUGGACUGGUCCCUGAUCCUGGAUGCAGUGUCCAAUAACUACAUCGUGGGAAACAAACCCCCAAAAGAAUGCGGGGACCUGUGUCCAGGGACAAUGGAGGAGAAGCCAUUGUGCGAGAAGACCACCAUCAACAACGAGUACAACUACCGCUGCUGGACUACAAAUCGCUGCCAGAAAAUGUGCCCGAGCGCGUGCGGGAAGCGGGCGUGCACCGAGAACAACGAGUGCUGCCACCCCGAGUGCCUGGGCAGCUGCAGCGCGCCCGACAACGACACGGCCUGCGUCGCCUGCCGCCACUACUUCUACGCCGGCGUCUGCGUGCCCACCUGCCCGCCCAACACCUAUCGCUUUGAGGGCUGGCGCUGCGUGGACCGCGACUUCUGUGCCAACAUCCCCAGCGCCGAGGGCAGCGACUCUGAGGGCUUCGUGAUCCACGACGGCGAGUGCAUGCAGGAGUGCCCCUCGGGGUUCAUCCGCAACGGCAGUCAGAGCAUGUAUUGCAUCCCUUGUGAAGGUCCUUGCCCCAAAGUCUGUGAGGAAGAAAAGAAAACAAAGACCAUUGAUUCUGUUACUUCUGCUCAAAUGCUCCAAGGAUGCACCAUCUUCAAGGGCAAUUUGCUCAUUAAUAUCCGACGAGGCAAUAACAUUGCCUCGGAACUGGAGAACUUCAUGGGGCUCAUCGAGGUGGUGACAGGCUACGUGAAGAUCCGCCAUUCCCAUGCCUUAGUCUCCUUGUCCUUCCUGAAGAACCUCCGCCAGAUCUUAGGAGAGGAGCAGCUGGAGGGGAAUUACUCCUUCUACGUCCUCGACAACCAGAACUUACAGCAGCUGUGGGACUGGGACCACCGCAACCUGACCAUCAAAGCUGGGAAAAUGUACUUCGCUUUCAAUCCCAAAUUGUGUGUCUCCGAAAUUUACCGCAUGGAGGAAGUGACGGGCACUAAAGGGCGCCAGAGCAAAGGGGACAUCAACACCAGGAACAACGGAGAGAGAGCCUCCUGUGAGAGUGAUGUCCUGCACUUCACCUCCACCACCACGUGGAAGAAUCGCAUCAUCAUAACCUGGCAUCGCUACCGGCCCCCUGACUACAGGGACCUCAUCAGCUUCACUGUCUACUACAAAGAGGCACCCUUUAAAAACGUCACAGAGUAUGAUGGGCAGGAUGCCUGUGGCUCCAACAGCUGGAACAUGGUGGAUGUGGACCUCCCUCCCAACAAGGACGUCGAGCCUGGCAUUCUACUGCACGGGCUGAAGCCCUGGACGCAGUACGCCGUUUACGUCAAGGCCGUGACUCUCACCAUGGUAGAGAACGACCACAUUCGUGGGGCCAAGAGUGAAAUCUUGUACAUUCGCACCAAUGCUUCAGUUCCUUCCAUCCCCCUGGAUGUUCUUUCAGCAUCAAACUCCUCUUCUCAGCUAAUUGUGAAGUGGAACCCACCCUCUCUGCCCAACGGCAACCUGAGUUACUACAUCGUGAGAUGGCAGCGACAGCCUCAGGACAGCUACCUUUACCGGCACAAUUACUGCUCCAAAGACAAAAUCCCCAUCAGGAAGUAUGCCGAUGGCACCAUUGAUGUUGAAGAGGUGACGGAGAAUCCCAAGACCGAAGUGUGUGGUGGAGAGAAAGGGCCUUGCUGUGCUUGCCCCAAAACCGAAGCCGAGAAGCAGGCCGAGAAGGAGGAAGCCGAGUACCGCAAAGUCUUUGAGAAUUUCCUGCACAACUCCAUCUUUGUGCCCAGACCUGAAAGGAAGCGGAGAGAUGUCAUGCAGAUUGCCAACACUACCAUGUCCAGCCGAAGCAGGAACACCACGAUGGCAGACACCUACAAUGUCACAGACCCAGAGGAGCUGGAGACAGAAUACCCUUUCUUUGAGAGCAGAGUGGACAACAAGGAGAGGACUGUCAUUUCUAACCUCCGGCCAUUCACUUUGUACCGCAUUGACAUCCACAGCUGUAACCACGAGGCUGAGAAGCUAGGCUGCAGUGCCUCCAACUUCGUCUUUGCAAGAACCAUGCCUGCAGAAGGAGCAGAUGACAUUCCUGGGCCGGUGACCUGGGAGCCAAGGCCUGAAAAUUCCAUCUUUUUAAAGUGGCCAGAACCUGAGAAUCCCAAUGGAUUGAUUCUAAUGUAUGAAAUAAAAUAUGGAUCACAAAUCGAGGAUCAGCGAGAAUGUGUAUCCAGACAGGAGUACAGGAAGUAUGGAGGGGCCAAGCUUAACCGGCUCAACCCCGGGAACUAUACGGCCCGGAUCCAGGCCACCUCUCUCUCUGGAAAUGGGUCGUGGACUGAUCCUGUGUUCUUCUAUGUCCCGGCCAAAACGACAUAUGAAAAUUUCAUCCAUCUGAUCAUUGCUCUGCCUGUUGCCGUCCUGUUGAUAGUGGGAGGGUUGGUUAUAAUGUUGUACGUCUUCCAUAGAAAAAGAAAUAACAGCAGGCUGGGGAAUGGAGUGCUGUAUGCAUCUGUGAACCCAGAGUACUUCAGCGCAGCUGAUGUGUAUGUCCCUGAUGAGUGGGAGGUCGCUCGGGAGAAGAUCACCAUGAGCCGAGAGCUGGGACAGGGCUCCUUUGGGAUGGUAUAUGAAGGAGUUGCCAAGGGCGUGGUCAAAGAUGAGCCUGAAACCAGAGUGGCCAUUAAAACGGUGAACGAGGCUGCAAGCAUGCGUGAAAGGAUUGAAUUUCUCAAUGAGGCUUCAGUGAUGAAGGAGUUCAAUUGUCACCAUGUGGUGCGGUUGCUGGGUGUGGUGUCCCAGGGCCAGCCAACGCUGGUCAUCAUGGAGCUGAUGACACGGGGGGAUCUCAAAAGUUAUCUCAGGUCUCUGAGGCCAGAAAUGGAGAAUAAUCCAGUCCUAGCACCUCCAAGCCUAAGCAAGAUGAUCCAGAUGGCUGGAGAGAUUGCAGACGGCAUGGCAUACCUCAAUGCCAACAAGUUCGUCCACAGAGACCUUGCCGCCCGGAACUGCAUGGUGGCCGAAGAUUUCACAGUCAAAAUUGGAGAUUUUGGUAUGACGAGAGAUAUCUAUGAGACAGACUAUUACCGGAAAGGAGGGAAGGGAUUGCUGCCUGUGCGCUGGAUGUCGCCCGAGUCCCUCAAGGAUGGAGUCUUCACCACUCAUUCUGACGUCUGGUCCUUUGGGGUUGUCCUCUGGGAGAUUGCCACGCUGGCCGAGCAGCCAUACCAGGGCUUGUCCAACGAGCAAGUCCUUCGCUUCGUCAUGGAGGGCGGCCUUCUAGACAAGCCGGACAACUGCCCUGACAUGCUGUUUGAGCUGAUGCGCAUGUGCUGGCAGUACAACCCCAAGAUGAGGCCUUCCUUCCUGGAGAUCAUCAGCAGCAUCAAGGACGAGAUGGAGUCUGGCUUUCGGGAGGUCUCCUUCUACUAUAGCGAGGAGAACAAGCCACCCGAGCCAGAGGAGCUGGACCUGGAGCCGGAGAACAUGGAGAGUGUCCCCCUGGACCCCUCCGCCUCCUCGUCCUCCCUGCCGCUGCCCGACAGACACUCAGGACACAAGGCCGAGAACGGCCCAGGCCCUGGCGUGCUGGUUCUCCGAGCCAGCUUUGAUGAGAGACAGCCUUACGCGCACAUGAACGGGGGACGCAAGAACGAGAGGGCCUUGCCUCUGCCCCAGUCUUCGACCUGCUGAUCCUUGGAUCCCGAAUCCCGUGCAGACAGUCACGUGUGUGCACGCUCGGCGGGUGGGGGGAGAGAGUUUUAACAAUCUAUUCACAGCCUCCUGUACCUCAGUGGAUCUCCAGAACUGCCAUUGCUGCCCACGGGAGACGGCUUCUCUGCAGUAAACACAUUUGGGAUGUUCCUUUUUUCAAUAUGCAAGCAGCUUUUUAUUUCCCUACCCAAACCCUUAACUGACAUGGGCCUUUAAGAACCUUAAUGACAACACUUAAUAGCAACAGAACACUUGAGAAUUGAGUCUCCUCACUCUCUUUCCUUGUCUCUUCUGUCAUCUCUCUCUCUCACCCCAGUCUCUCUGGUCUCUCUCUCUGUCUCUCGCCUCUCUCAUGUCUCUUUCUCACACCUUUCUCUUUCCUUCUGCUUCAUAAUGGAAAAACAUUUGCCGCAGACCCAGCCAGGACACCCUUUUUAUCAGAUUGAGGAAAUAGUGUCCUCCCUGUGGCCCCACAUUGCCCCUGUACACACCUGCCUGUCACCGUAGGUCUUUAUAAAAAACAUGUUGAGACGGAAUUUUUUAACUAUAUCUCUCACCUUUUUAGGGACAUGAAACUUAAAAAGGGCCAUCAUUCAUCCAAGGUUGUUACCAUUUUAACGCUGCCAAAUUCUGCCAAAACCCUGAACCUUCUCCCUCACAACCCCUGCACUUGUUUUCUUGUUUCCAGAGGCAUGGGGCGAGCAUGGUGUCUGGGCCCUCCGUUUAAGCGCCACGCUGGUGAUGCACUCCAUCUGAUCAUCCCCUGGUGUUCUGUUCAAGUCUCGCGGUCACACAGGUCUGAUUGCUUCUGACUAGGUUAUGUUUUGGGGGAACUGGACAGAAUGGGACUUUCUCUCAGUGAAGACGGGGAGAAGCUGAACUGGCUUCCUUGCCCCACCUCCUCACCCCCACCUUCUAGCCCCAGGAAUUCUGGAGAAAACAGGCCCUGUCGAGAGCCUGGAAGACAGGCUCUGAGUAAAGGUCGCGCACGUGCCAGUCUCCUGUCCCCGCCCCAGCUCCCCUCCCAGCCCCCAAGGACACAGAUGGGAAGGGGUUUCCAGGGACUCAGCCCAACUGUUUAUGCAGGUUUGCAAGGAAAGAAAUUCAAACACCACCACAACAGUAAGAAGAAAAGCAGUAAAUGGAUUCAAGCAUUCUAAGCUUUGUUGACAUUUUCUCUGUUACUAGGACUUCUUCAUGGGUCUUACAGUUCUAUGUUAGACCAUGAAACAUUUGCAUACACAUCGUCUUUAAUGUCACUUUUAUAACUUUUUUACGGUUCAGAUAUUCAUCUAUACGUCUGUACAGAAAAAAAAGCUGCUAUUUUUUUUGUUCUUUAUCUUUGUGGAUUUAAUCUAUGAAAACCUUCAGGUCUACCCUUCUUCCCUUUCUGCUCACUCCAAGAAACUUCUUAUGCUUUGUACUAGAGUGCGUGACUUUCUUCCUCUUUUCCCAGUAAUUGAUACUUAUAUAACAUAAUUUGCCAUGAACUGUUUGAUGCCUUUUGAUAAAUACAUCCUCCCCUCCCCCCAGCCCCACCCCGUCAGUUCUGUUCUAACCCGUAGGCUCUGUGGGCACGAGGCUGGUGAGGGAAGGCGGUGGGCAGAAGGCGGCGCCGCCCCUGGGGCCACAGUCCCGGGGUGCCACACGCCCCUACUCAGCCUGCUCUCACAUAGCAUUUGAGUCUGUUACAGUGCAAGACAUGAUACAAACUCAGGUCAGAAAACAAAGGUUAAAUAUUUCGCACAUCCUUGUUCAGUGUUGAUAGUCACCGUUGUUGAAAAGCCUCACCUUCUCUUUCCCUUGCCUUUGUUCUGGUUGUGACACACAUCUAUCUAUUUUUUUAAUUCUUGGGUACAACAGCAGUUUUAACUGCAGACACUAGGUAUUUGGAUUACUUUUUUUUAAUGGAUAUUUAAUCCUUCCAUCCCAUGAAAAACAGCUGCUGAGUCCAAGGGUGCAGCGGAACGUGGUCCAGCGAGCCCCUCUGUGGCCUUCCGCCACCACCCUCCAGACCGACCUACCUGUCUUUAGAACCUGAAAAUCCCCAGGGUCCUCCCUGGCACUUGCGGGGAGUGAGGCACAGGGGCGCAUCCUCGGGGUGUCAGCAAGCCCACCGCCCAGUCUACCGGCCUGAGGACCAGGUUGGGGCAGUGCGGGCACCAAAGUGGCCGAGGAGCCCAUGCUCACUCCCAGGGGACCAGAGCCCUGGCGCUGGCGCGCUUUUCCUUGGCCAGGAGUCCAAGUCCUCGGCCCGGGGGUCUUGUUUUGUUUAGUUUUUAGCACUUCUCACCAGAGUGAUGACAGCACAAGAGUUGCUUCUGGGAUGGAAAUGUUUAUGAGUAAGAACAAAGUUAAAAUACAGUGAUUGCUAGUUGUGACUGGAGAUUAAACACAAAAAAGGAAGUUUGUAGUGCUUUUUUGCUUGUCAGUAGUUUCAGUCCCACGAUUUUCUCUAGCCUCUGUGCCAUAGUUUUUCCCUUUAAAAAAAUGAAAAAAUGAAAAAAGAAAAAAGGUAAUUAAGAAGGAAUUAUAUGUAGGAGUUUUCUUUUAAUUUAUUUUGUGAUACCAGUUUCAAUCACUGUAGAGAAGCCCCAUUAUGAAUUUAAAUACUGAGAAAAGGGUUUUUGUGUGUGUGUGCGUGUGCGUGUAAGACAGGACAGUUUUUGUUUUUUUGUGUUGUUUUUUCCCCAAACAUUUAUCUACCUCACUCUUAUUUUUUAUAUGUGUAUAUAUAAAAAGAAUACAUCUCACAUUUCUCAGCACCUGACAAUAUGCCGUUGAUACUGGUAACCUCAUCCACACCACAGGCCGCACGCACCAGGUGAGGCAGGGAGAGGCCAGGCUGCGUCGGGGGCGGAGCAGCACUCACUCCCUGGGCUCCUCGCAGACCGCUUGCCUUCGUCUGAGAUGUCUUGUUUUGCGUUGCUUUUGUUCUUCUCCUACCUUGUUUCCUAGAGGCUGUGAGGCGUUAGGAUCCCCUCCCAGCUGGCCCUUGCCUGCUGUGAGGGGGGCGCGCCCAGCACGCAGUGGAGGCCUCCAGCCGGCCCAGGCUGGUUGUCUUUGAAACCAACUACUUUGUGCAGAUUGAAUGACGAACAUAUUCCAUCAUUGGAAGAGCAGUGGUGACCCAGGUUUUGAGGGUAGGAAGUGCCCGGGGGCAGACAGUCGCUGUUGGAAGCCCACUUGGCAGUGUGUGGGUUUGGUUUGCAGCCCUAGCCCCGGCCUGUGCCCCAGCAGGUUCACGUCGGCCGGGCACCGUGUCAGCACUUUGAGAGCUCGGUCCGCCAGGCCUUCUGUUCAAGAAUGCAGAGGUUCCUGACCUAACAGCCAGUCCCACGUAGAAUGUACAGAGGACAAAAGUCCCCUUCUCUCUCUCCAGACUGUUCUCCAACACUACCCUCACCACUUCCUCCCCCAGGGGAAAACAAAGAUGUACCAAACCUUUGGGCUGGAAAGGGCUGGUGGUCGGCACAGAGCCUCCUUCUGGGGUGUCACGCCUCCCGCCAGGGCUGUGCCUCCAUCCCGCUGUCCUGCUGCUCACAGGGGUGGAUGGUGCCUUCCCCAUUCCAGCAGCUGCUCUUACAGGCACUGGUGAUUUUAUCUGGGAAACAUGGUGGGGGUUUUCCCAAAGUGUGGAUGGCUCCUUUAAAGUUCCAGUACUGCAGUUAAGCUCAGGAGCAUUUUCCCUCCUGCAAGAAUACUACUCUCCUUUCCCAAGUCCCCUGGGAUCGUAAGGUCAUUGAGAAAUACUGUUCGAUCAGGGUUUUCUUCUUCCACACUGUAGGUGACCCCUUGGAAUAGUGGCCUCUUCUCUCUUUUGCACAUACCUACCGGUUUCCACAACUGGAUUUCUGCAGAUCAUUCAGCUGGUUAUAGGGUUUUGUUUAAACUGUCCGAGUUGUUGGUGUCAUUUUGUUUUUGUUUUAUGUAGGUGGUUUUUCUUUAAAUAGAAAGAAAACACUAAUAGCAUAGUGCCCAUCAUAACAAAUGCUUCAGAAACACUUAAAUAAACGCGAAAAUGAUGCUUGUGUGAUGGUGCAGUCAUUUUACUGGACCAAACCACCCACCUUGACUAUACCAAGGCAUCUCUCCACAGUUCUAGCCUAAUUUUAUGCUCAUUUCCCCACCUCUUCUUGAUUUUUCUCUUUUGUAUGCUCCAAAUAAUUUAAUCUAGCUGAGUUGUGGCAUUUUCCAUGCAACCUCCUUCUGACAGCAGCUCACACUGCUUGAAGUGACAUGAACCACUGAGGCACAUCAUUCAAUUGAUGUGAGCGUUAAAACAUUAUCACACACAGCCCUUCCCUGAGGCAGCAGGAGCUGGUGUAUUCUGGAGACAUUGUUGAACUGCAGCUGUGUGAGACCCCGACCACCCCAGGUCUCCUUUAUGGGAUGUUGUGACAUUUGAUACACAGUUGGAAUGAGCUUUCCUCCUUGAAGAUAGAAGACCGUGUUCGUGGCCAACACUGGCCUCUCCUUCCAGCCUGUUUCGUAUGACUCGGAACAACACUGCAAUGGUAGGAAAAGUGGCUUGGUAAAACAGAAAAGUGGUUAUUGUGGAACUACCCAAUGGUAAAAUACUUGGCAUGAAGUCAUGUGUUUCAGUUGGGAUAACAGAUUUACAAGCCAAGUAUGAUGCCAAAUUCUAGGCCAGUGUGUUCCACCGAAGCGUCUUUCUCAGCAGCCCACCUCUGGGGUGGCAGGUGGCUGUACAUGAUACAGGCCGCUGUUGUGGCAAGGUCACACUAGCUCAGAUCGGUGAGAAGGCUAGGAUGCUUGGUCCAAGGUCCUCAGCUGUCACUGUUGGGUCCUCCCAAGGUGGCCAGACAGUGUUGAAGGCAACUCCUUUCCAAAACGUAGGCACCCUCCAGUUGACAGUAAUGCUCCAUGGUAUGCCUUGGCCCAUUCCAGCAGUCCCAGUAAUGCAUUUAAAGUUUGGGGUUUGUUCUUUUGUUAAUGUUACUUUUGUGUUUGUCAGCUGUCUUUUCAUUUCCUGGGCUAAGCAGCAUUGGGAGAUAUGGACCAGAGAUCCACUCUUUAAGAACCAGUGAUGAAAGUCAAACUUUCUUACUCCCCUCUGACGUAGUUGGUGGCACAAAUGAGAACUUCGAGAGAGGAUGUUGUUAGAUUGAACCUCUGUUGCCAGAGAUGCUGAAGAUACAGACCUUGGACAGGCCAGAGGGUUUCAUUUUUGGCCUCCAGCUUAGAUGACUAGUUGGUCAUUUAGAGAAAAAGCAGAUGAACACUCCUUGAUGGUGGAAUGAUCAGGCAGUAGGAAACCAUUAACGGGUCAUGACACGACAUGAAGAGAAGAAUUGCGAGCAGAAGGGUACAGGGCUUGGAAGAAGUGUGGGCCAUGUUCUGAACUUGAUGGUUUCUGAAGGUUUCUGAAGGUGUUUCAGACCACAUCAAGGCUCAAGAGUCAUCCGUGGGCGUUUGGUUUCAACAAAUAAAACUAACAUCCUACUUUGGAAACUGUUAUCGCGGAGUUAAGUCAAACUGUUCAAGAACUCGAACUGCAUCACACCUGUCAGUUGUCAGUUCUGGGGCAUGACUUUUAGAGUUUUGUUUUAUUUUGUUUAUGCAAGAACAUAAUGAUCACUCAUCUGUAUGUCCACGUUUGUGUGUGUCCACAUCUUUCUGGUAAACAUUGUUUUAAUUAGUCACUCAUUAGCGUUUUCAAUAGGGCUCUUAAGUCCAGUAGAUUACGGGUAGUCAGUUGACGAAGAUCUGGUUUACAAGAACUAAUUAAAUGUUUCAUUGCAUUUUUGUAAGGACAUAGAAUAAUUUUAUAAAAUGUUUGUAGUUUAUAAUUGCCGAAAAUAAUUUAAAGACACUUUUUUUCUCUGUGUGUGCAAAUGUAUGUUUGUGAUCCAUUUUUUUUUAGGACACCUGUUUACUAGCUAGCUUUACAAUAUGCCAAAAAACGAUUUUUCCCUGACCCAAGACGUGGUUCACCCUCUUUUCUCCCAUGCUUUGUGCCCUAGUUUAUAACAAAGGAAUGAUGAUGAUUGCGGUAGUUCUGUAUCUUCAGUAUCUUGGUCUUCCAGAACCCUCUGGUUGGGAAGGGGAUCAUCUUUUACUGGUCAUUUCCCUUUGGAGUGUAGCUACUUUAACAGACUGAAAUAACCUCAUUGGCCAAGGAAACAGCAGAGGUGCUGCAGUGCAGCGGCGCCCAGGGCGCCACUGAGCAUCUGGUCUGGUAGCUCUGGCAUUUGCCAUUGUUGCGCGAUGCCUGGAGAUGGAACGACUGGACCGCACAGCUAACGGUUUGCCCAGUGACCGCCGCACACAGACUUAGCACACAAAAGAGGAUAAUUCUGGUGCACGCAGGCCGUUUGCCUACAUGCCCUGUAUCAUGAUCAAUGCUUUGUUAAAGCAAGGAAGAGACCCUAUUUAUUUUUAUUUAAGGCAGAACACCGAAGAUACAUUUUUCCAAUACAAAACAAGUUCUUUUUAAUAAAAACUACACAAAAGUUUUUUUUGUUUGACUCCAUUUCCUCUAGCUCCCAAUGGAUUGUUGGCCAUGUUCUACACAACUCCACAAAAUCCCCAUCAUUGGAAACAUCUGGAUGUUUUGCACUAUAUGGGAGAAAGGUCCAGAAACAAUUUGGUUUUUGUUUUCAAUUUUUCAUUCGGAUCUUUGGCGUUGCGUAGACACAUCCACAGGUGGAAUAGAUGCUUGGCAAAAACACCUGUCUGCUUUCUAAGCCAGUGAGGUUGAGGUGAGAGGUUUGCCAGAGUUUGUCUACCUCUGGGACAGAAAAAAAUCAAACCAGAAGGCGCGAUGGAAUGGAUGCAUCGCAAAUAAUGCAUUUUCUGAGUUUUCUUGUUUAAAAAAAAAAGUUUUUUAAAAAAAGGAAAAAAAAAGGUAAUAACAUGGCCAAUUUGUUACAUAAAAUGACUUUCUGUGUAUAAAUUAUUCCUAAAAAAAAUUCCUCUGUUUAUAUAAAAAAAUCAGUAGAUGAAAAAAAUUUCAAAAUGUUUUUGUAUAUUCUGUUGUAAGAAUUUAUUCCUGUUAUUGCGAUAUACUUUGGAUUCUUUACAUUAUGAAAAAAAGAAACUUUGUCUAUUUUGAAUGGCUGAAGCUAAAGCAACUUUAGUUUCUCUUACUCUGCUUUUUUCUAGUAGUUAAAGUACUACAUGGUUUAAGUUAAAUAAAAGAAUUCUGUAUGCA